UUGAUGCUACGUUACUAUAUAAUUUCUUCAUUCUUUGACACGCCAUGGAAGAAGUGGUCGAGGGUACAACUACCGUCAAGGUGGCAGUCCGAGUACGGCCUCUCAGCGACAAAGAGAUUCGCGAAGGAGGAACCGAAUGCGUCGAGGUCACGGAGAAUUCGGUGACUCUGGUCCAAGAGAACCAGCAGCCGCACGUUUUUGCUUUUGAUCAUGUCUUUGGCGUUGACUCGACACAGCCGCAGGUUUUUGACAUGCUUGGCAUGCCGCUGCUGGACAAAGCCUUUGAAGGAUAUAAUGCGACCGUUUUUGCUUAUGGUCAGACAGGGUCUGGGAAGACUCACACGAUGAUGGCGGACCGCAAGUCUGAUGAUCGCGGACUGAUACCUCGGAUCUCAGACAAUCUCUUUCAGCGUGUCGGAAGCCUUUCUUCGGAAACUCACAAGUUCCUAAUCUGCUGUUCCUUCCUGGAGAUCUACAAUGAGAUUGUCUAUGACCUUCUGGUUCCCCGGGGCAAAAAUGCGCCUAAAACAGGUCUUGAAAUUCGUGAAGGGAAAGGCAUUGGCGUCUACGUCAAGGACCUCCAAGAGAUUGUCGUUGACAGCUCCGACAAAGUCUUGAAGCUGAUCGACCAAGGUUUCGAGCACAGAGCUACUGCAGCAACUCAGAUGAAUGCCACCAGCAGCAGAUCGCACUGCCUCUUCAUCAUCAAGAUGCAUCAGAAGGCACACGGCUCAAAGCACCUCAGUGGUACCUUAGCGACAGACUGUCCCCUUGUGGCAUUGACGUUGCCACUCUCUCAGGAUGAGCAGAAUGCUGGGAACAACAACUUCUCGAAGAUGAACCUUGUGGACUUGGCCGGCAGCGAGCGAGCCUCGCGCACCGGUGCACAGGGCGACUUGCUCAAGGAAGGGGCCAACAUCAAUAAGAGCUUGUCUGCGUUGGGGAAUGUGAUCAAUGCGCUUAGCAGCAUGGCCUCUGGGAGCAAGAAGGUUUUCAUCCCCUACCGCAACUCCAAGCUGACGCGCGUUUUGCAGGAAUCCCUGGGUGGGAACGCUUUGACGACUAUGAUGGCUGCCUUGUCGCCUUCCAAGACAAACGCAGAUGAAAGCCUAUCAACUUUGAAUUAUGCAAAGCGCGCAAAGACGAUCAAAGUAAAUGCAACAAAGAACGACGAAGCCGAGCAGAUUGCCAAGCUGGAAGAAGAAGUGGAGGCCUUGCGUGCCAAAUUGGCAGAGCAGGCCACGGGAGUGGCAGACACCAGCCGGUAUGAGACCCAAAUUGCAGAGAUGGAAAUGUUCAUGAAGCAGACAUGGGAGGACAAAGAGAAGCAGUCCCUUCAGCACGAAGAAGAAAGAAAAAGACUUGAACAAGAGGCGCAAAGAAACAUGGAGCGCCUCAACGAAGAGCGAAAGCGGAGAUUUUUGAUGCUGGAAGAGAAGGGCGAUCUGGAGCUGCUGGUGCAGGAGCUCAAAGCCUUGAAGGGCGGAGAGAAAUGGACGCUCUACACUUCCACCUGGCCUAGUCAGGUUGCAAGACUUUUAGCUUUGGAGAACAGGGUCACCGCCCAAUGUCGAGCUGCUGUGCUUUUGCGCGAUGCGGUUCUCCAUGAUGUGGACCAUUGGUGCGAAAAGCAACGGCAGGUUCAAGAAGCUGGCGGGAAGGAGGAGGAUGGUGGUGCCGGGCUUCGGAUUCUCCUGCAGCAGGCUGAGCGGAAAGUCGGCACUAUGCUUCGAGAGUUUGACUCCUUGGCUAAACAGGAACAAGAGUUGGCCGGGGAGAUUGCUGGUUGGAUUCCGCAGGUGCAGAAGGCUGUCAGAGGCAUUGCGCUGGAGGGCUCUGAGGAGGAAGAAAAGGAGAGGGACAAGACUGAAGAAGGUGGCAAAGAGGCCGGCAAAGAGGCCGGCAAUGAGGUCUCAGAAGAGUUUGUUGAAGUCUUGAGUUUAAUCCUUCGACAGCUGGACAGCCAUCGGAUGAAAAUUUGGGGACAGGUUGCAGAGGAUCACAAAGCAUUAGGCGGUUUCACUGCACAGCUGAAGACUUUGGCGGAAUGCAGCAGUGCUUUAGGCGCCGAUGUCACUGAGCUGACGGAGGAGAUGCAGUUUGAAUUGGAAGUCGGUGGAUCCUCUGCAUCACGGCAAAGGCCCCUCCCAUACCACAGUGACGAGGUGGCAGCGGCUUUGGCUUCACCCCAAGGUCUUGCUUCGGAGGAUUUGCCGGACGCCAAUAUCUCUGCAAGCUCCAAUGAGCAGGCUUGCAGUUCAUUGCGUCUCUACGGCGGAGUGAACCGUAUGAAAACUGCCUUUGGUGGGUGGAGCCCAGUCCAAGAUGCUGAAUCUGAAUACAUUCAGGUGGACUUGGGCAAGUCCAUUUGGGUGAGCAGCUUAGCCCUGCAGGGCAGAAGGCCUAUCAGUGGUGAUUGGGAGGCCACAAGACCCCUUCUGGCAGAGUUGCUGGAUCCGGGCGACCCUUUGCCACCAAACAGGAUAUUCAAGCGGCCACCUGUUCGCCUCAUCCAUGAUGUGGUGGUGGUCCGUGCCUCAGAUACCACAACCACGCAGGAUUUGGAUCAGAGAAAAACUGCAUGUAAAACCAUGUAA